AUAGAAUUAUAAGCAGGGAGGAAGAAAAGAGUUGUUGAUAGAACUGGACAAAAUCCACAAACCAUCUCAUCUCUCUGCUCCAUCGUCUUCUCGAAUCCUCUCUCUCUCUUACAUCUCUUCUUCCUCUGCGAAUCAAUCAUGGCAACCCAUAGCCUAAACCUCUGUGGAGUACUCUCCGAAACCAAGCGCAUAAUUAACGCUUACUCCCGCCAUUUCUUGGCCCUCUCUGUUCUCUUUCUCCUCCCUCUCUCCUUCUCUCUCAUCGUCUACCCUUCUCUUUCCCGCUCCCCUUCAACUGUUUCCAAUUAUCACCAAUCCCUUUACUUUUUCUCUUUGCCCGAACCAGAUAUCCCUCCGAUCGAAAAAUCCCGCCUCCUUCUCCCACUUCUUUAUGGCCUCUUUGUUCUCCUUUUCUCCCUUUGCGCUACCGCCUCCGUCACCUACAGUACCUUCCACGGAUUCUACGGUAGGCCCGUGAAGUUUGUUUCCUCGAUUAAGUCUAUUCUCUUUUCGUUCUUCCCUCUGGCUGCGACCCUGAUCCUCACCCAGAUAAUUGUGGGAUUGAUUGCGUUUGCUUUUGGGGGUUUCACGGUGUUGGUGUAUAACGGAUUUGCUCUAUUCGGGGUUGAAAUCGAGUACGAGAAUGUAUACUUUCGGGGCUUUGUUAUCUUGAUCAUUGUUUUGCUUGUGGGUUUAUUGAUUUACUUGCAGGUGGAGUGGUAUUUGUCGAAUGUGGUGGUGGUUGUGGAAUCUCAAUGGGGUUUGGCACCCUUGAGAAGGAGCUCGUAUUUGGUGAAAGGGAUGAGACGGGUUGCGUUUUCCAUGAUCAUGCUGUUUGGUGUAUUGCUUGGUCUGUUGGCUAUGUUGUGUUCUAGUUUGGUCCCUGAUGUGGGUGGAAUUAGAGAGGGGUGGGUUAGCUGGGCAUUCAUUUUUCAGACGGUUGUUUACACGGGUUUUAUGACAAUUUUGAUGCUUUACAGUAUAGCUGCAAACGCCGUGUUGUUCAUGUAUUGCAAAGCCUUGCACGGAGAGUUGGCAUUUGAGAUUGCAGAAGAAUUUGCACAGGAGUAUGUCAGCUUGCCUUUUGAUGAUGGGAAGGUUCCUCAUGUUGUUUAUGUCGCCUAACUGCAGGAUGAGCUUGAGAUAAACUUUGUUUUCCACAGAAUGGAUGCCGAACUUUCUGGUUGAGAUAACUGAUGUUCCAUAUCCUUAUUAAGAAGACAGCUUGCUGAUUGAGUUGUGCUCAAACUUCACAAACUCUGUUUCUUAUGGUAAUCUCCAUGAAGUCGUUGCCAAUGGAUUCCUUGUAUUGAGUAGAGACCGUGUGAUAUGGAAUAUAUACAUAUAUACUCGUAUUAACGAUGUAAUGGUACUUACAAUGUUGACAUAGUACCCGAAUUUGUUGGUGUUGAGAUGAUACCUUAACUACCAUGUGAAGUUGUUUGGAGCACUGGUUUCAUGUUGUACUCUACCUGUUAGCAUUCAGUUUUUGCCCUUCUCUGUUCUGGUUUUGUCCGAACUUGAUUAGCCCAACUGUAGUCUUGUGUUGAUUUGAAUGUGAAGACAGUAGUUACUAAUAUGUAUGGACUACGAACUGCUUGUAUA